UAAUCUCUGACUCCCAGCUGUCCCUCCACAUUCUUCAUGCAGAUGAACACCUGGUUUCUGGGGUGUUAGAAAGAUACAUCCUAUAUGUAAAGCUUAUGAGGAUAUUUGAUGCUCAGGGGCCUUGGUAGCCUCAAAGCUGGGGACUCCUUCUCACAGUUCCGAUUUGCUGAAGAGAAGGAAUGGGAUGGUGAAACGUCAUGUCCAAAACAGAAUUCAUCACUCUACGUGGACAGUGAGUCACUGGUUCGAGCCCUUCAACAGCUGCCCCUCUCAGUCCGGCUUAACGUUGCUGCGGAGUUGAUCCAGACCACAGUUCCCUUAGAACUUCCACAGGGGAAACCAAGGAGACCCGAUGAUGGCAAGGAGCCGGGCAUGCAGUUAAGGAGGCCCAUCUCCGAGCUCAGACCUGCUGCUGGUAGUUGUCCCAGGUCUCUGGGAAAAGACAGUGUAAGAGCAAGCCCUUUAGAGGGUUUGCAGAAAGCCCCCUUCCCGCCACACUCGGUGGCAGACCAUCUGGAAGAUGAACUGGACAUGUUGCUGCACUUAGAUGCACCUGUGAAAGAGGAAGACAGUUCCUGUCUGGACCAGACGUCUCCGGACCAGGAACCAGAAAGAGAUGGGCAGGUGGCCCAGGAGGAGACAGUUCCUGAAAAGCCAUCCAUGACUGGAGAGAAAACUGUGGAACCUGAACAGACAAGCACAUCCAGAACUGUCACUGAGGAGGAGCUGGAGGACUGGCUGGACAGCAUGAUUUCCUGAGGAGGGGAGGGGUACCAAGGGGGAAUAUGGGCCUGAAGCAAAUUUUGGUUGCCUUCUAAGUGAGGGUGUGCUAAUUUACCAGAAUAUCCCAUGCUAACAUGUACUGUUAAUGCUUACAGCAGCUAGUGCCUACCUCUGUUUCUGAUGGCAUCUGAAUACAUGUAUGAGGCUUG